GGCGGCCGGGCGUCCCGGCGUCCCGGCAUGGCCUUCAUGGAGAAGCCGCCGGCCGGCAAGGUGCUGCUGGACGACACGGUGCCGCUGACAGCCGCCAUCGAGGCGAGCCAGAGCCUGCAGUCCCACACGGAAUAUAUCAUUCGAGUACAAAGAGGAAUUUCUAUAGAAAACAGCUGGCAGAUUGUUAGAAGAUACAGCGACUUUGAUUUGCUGAACAACAGCUUGCAGAUCUCAGGCCUAAGUCUACCUCUUCCUCCCAAAAAGCUGAUUGGCAACAUGGACCGUGAGUUCAUCGCUGCGAGGCAGAAGGGUCUGCAGAACUAUCUCAACGCCAUCACUACAAACCACAUCUUGUCGAACUGCGAGCUGGUUAAGAAGUUUUUAGAUCCCAACAACUAUUCUGCAAACUACACUGAGAUCGCCUUACAGCAUGUUUCCAUGUUCUUCCGGUCAGAACCAAAGUGGGAGGUCGUAGAACCACUGAAAGACAUAGGUUGGAGGAUAAGGAAGAAAUAUUUCUUAAUGAAGAUAAAGAAUCAGCCGAAGGAGCGCCUAGUGUUAAGCUGGGCUGACCUUGGCCCGGACAAGUACUUGUCAGAUAAAGAUUUUCAGUGUCUAAUCAAACUGCUGCCUUCCUGUUUGCAUCCUUAUAUCUACCGGGUUACCUUUGCCACAGCCAGCGAGUCCUCAGCAUUGCUAAUUAGGAUGUUCAAUGAAAAAGGAACUUUGAAGGAUCUCAUCUACAAGGCAAAACCAAAGGACCCAUUCCUAAAGAAGUACUGCAAUCCUAAAAAGAUUCAGGGCCUUGAACUCCAGCAAAUAAAAACAUAUGGACGGCAAAUACUAGAGGUACUAAAGUUUCUGCAUGACAAAGGAUUCCCUUACGGGCAUCUUCAUGCCUCCAAUGUGAUGCUUGAAGGGGACACUUGCCGGCUGCUAGAUCUCGAGAAUUCCUUACUUGGCCUGCCUUCCUUCUACCGAUCUUAUUUCUCACAAUUCAGGAAAAUCAAUACAUUGGAAAGUGUGGAUGUCCACUGCUUUGGCCACUUACUGUAUGAAAUGACUUACGGACGACCGCCAGACUCGGUGCCUGUUGACUGCUUCCCUCCUGCCCCGUCCAUGGCUGUGGUGGCCGUGUUGGAGUCUACGCUGUCUUGUGAAGCCUGUAAAAAUGGCAUGCCCACCGUCUCCCGGCUCUUACAGAUGCCAUUAUUCAGUGAUGUCUUACUAACCACUUCUGAAAAGCCACAGUUUAAGAUCCCCACAAAGUUAAAAGAAGCACUGAGAAUUGCCAAAGAAUGUAUAGAGAAGAGACUCGUAGAAGAACAGAAGCAGAUUCACCAGCAUCGGAGACUGACAAGAGCUCAGUCGCACCAUGGAUCUGAGGAAGAGAGGAAAAAGAGAAAGAUUUUAGCUCGAAAGAAGUCGAAACGAUCUGCUAUUGAAAAUAAUGAAGAGCAGUCCAUGAAGUACAACAACUCCAAUAACUCGGCAGGGUCUGGGGCCAGCUCACCUCUCACAUCCCCGUCCUCGCCGACUCCACCCUCUACAGCAGCUGCCUUAGCUUUGGGUAAAAGAUGUAAAGGAAGGCCUAUCUGCAUUACCUCCACCACCGCCACCGCCACCGCCGCCUCCACCACCAGCAGCUCCCUUGCCUCCGGUGAGCACAGAGGCGCCUGCACAGCUCUUGCCCCAGGCUGUGAACGGUGUGAGCCGAGGGGCCCUGCUCAGUUCCAUCCAGAAUUUCCAGAAAGGGACUCUGAGGAAAGCCGAAACAUGUGACCACAGUGCUCCCAAGAUCGGCUGAGGCUUCCUGUUUACACUUGGAGGGAAAGUCCUUCCCCCCCACUCCCACCCUCUGACCCUCUUCGCGGCUGAGCUGUUGAACACGGUCUCGCAGAUGCCCCAGUCAGGCUGGCACUGCUGCCUUACGGAGCACCUUGCCCCUGGACUAGCACUGUCAGGUCCUGCUCAUCCUCUCACGGCAUCUCUUUGGGGCAGCAGCGUAGUGGAAUCAGUAUUUCCACCAACUAAAGAAAACAGACAGAAAAACAAAGACAGUGGGGACAGCAAACGGCCUUUGUCCUGCAGUUUCUCCCACCCCGUCAGACAGCCCCUCUCACAGUUCACGUCUCUGAAGCCAUUUUCUGGUUAUUUCUUAGGUAACUCCCGUUUUUGCGACUUUUACUUCAUCCUAGACGUUAACACCGUAGCCCACAUCAUAGUUACGUUGCCGAGUCAGAGAAGCAACUGAGUUCUUCCUUCUCCCCUCAGAUAGCAUGGGGAAAGUCGGGAAGGGUCUCCUGAUUUCCAGUAGGAAAUCCAGUGAGGUUCUAGAACUCAGGGCUGCUCAAUCAACUCCAGACCCACCGUUCUGUUUAGUUAGAAUGUUAUUGGAACAGACAGAAAAAAAUGUUAACAUCGGAAAAAGUUCUUACCAGUUAGAGAGGAUCUUCUUAAUCCUCACCUUCGGGGUUGGGGGGCGGGGGGCUGUGUCAUUGUAACAAGACAAGUAAAUCUGGCAUCUAUGGAAAUCAAUUCUGAUUUUUUAAGAUUUAUUCAAAUACAUCAUCUUUUUAAUGUUACUCAUUUAUUAAAAAGAUCCUUUAUCCUAUGAUUUGCUUAAAUAAACUGCACUUUAAAGGAUUAUAAAUAAUCCAUUUAAAAUUCAAGUACACACAUCAGUGUUGGUUACUAUGCAGAGAAUGUCAUUGUGUACAGUUUCAUGUAAUCUGUGACAAAUGUUCAGCUGUAUUUUUUAUUAAAAGUAAACCAUG